CCACGAUGAAGAUAGAGGAGGUGCAGUCGACGACGAAGGCGCAGCGCAUCGCGUCACACAGCCACGUCAAGGGCCUGGGACUCAGGGACGAUGGAACUGCCGAACCCAUCAGCGCCGGUAGGAAUGUGAAUGGAUGAAUGCGUGAAUGCGGGCAAACACACACAGAUCUGUCAUUCACUCCUUCGAUGGGUGUAUCGCGGUGCGUUGCGUUGCGUGUGUGUUGUGCUUUUGUGGAUGGAUGGAUGGCUGGCUGGAUGGCUGCAGGUAUGGUCGGUCAGGAGAAGGCCCGCGAGGCCGCCGGCAUCGUCGUGGAGCUCAUCAGAAGCAAAAAGAUGGCCGGCAAGGUCAGUCUGUCAGUCAGUCAGUCAGUCAGUCACCCCACUGGCCUGCCUGUUCCAUGUCUGCCACCACCCCGUCCAUCCACUCGUGUGUGUGUGUGUGUGUGCAGGCGCUGCUGCUGGCUGGUGCUCCCGGCACAGGCAAGACGGCCAUCGCACUAGCCAUAUCGCAGGAACUCGGGCCAAAGGUCGGUCGGUCGCCACUUACUUGGCCAUAAUAGAUGGACAUAGCACCCCAGUUACCUUGUGUGCUUUGGCUGGCUGGCUGGCUCACUGUGGUGCGUUGACGGUGCGGUCGUGGUGGUGUCAGGUGCCGUUCUGCCCGAUGAUCGGCUCGGAGGUCUACUCGUCUGAAGUCAAAAAGACAGAGGUCAGCCAGAGGGAAGAAUAACAGCCAAGCAGACAGACGGAGUGUGUGUGGGGGGAGGGGGACUGCAGAUACUGAUGGAGAACUUCCGUCGUGCGAUAGGGAUUCGGAUCAAGGAGGUCAAGGAGGUCUAUGAGGGGGAGGUCACCGAACUCACACCAGAGGAAACCGAAAACCCACACGGUACGGUGCCGACAGACACCAGAGGACACACACACCGACACACACACAAGAACGACGUCAUCGUGCAUGCGGAUGUCUGUGUGUGUGUGCGUGUGUGUGUGUUGUGUAGGUGGUUUCGGCAAGGCUGUGAGUGCGAUAACGAUCGGCCUCAAGACGGCCAAGGGCACCAAGACACUCAAGCUGGCGCCUCAGGUACACACACACGGCCACACUGACGGGAGGCACUGGUUUGUGUGCGUGCCGGGCUAUGGUGGUUGCGUGUGCGUCUGAUUAGAUAUGGGAGGGGCUGCAGAAGGAGAAGGUCAUCGUGGGCGACGUCAUCUACAUUGAAGUGGGCCACACACACACACACACGCACUGCUGACAUACAUGUCGACUUGUGUGUGUGUGUUUAGGCCAACAGCGGUGCGGUCAAGCGUGUGGGUCGGUCCGACGUCUACGCCACCGAAUUUGACCUCGAGGCCGAAGAGUGAGCCAGUCAGCGAGAGCACAUCCACAAGCACCUUCCGCCCACACGUGUGUGUGGUCUGGUGUGGUGUGCAGGUAUGUGCCAGUGCCCAAGGGCGACGUCCACAAGAAGAAGGAGGUCGUGCAGGUCGGUCCGGUCGUCGGCAGACAUACACACAUACAGCGACUCACUCACCCAUUCUCGCAGCCGGCCGCCGCACACGAGGCACGUGUGUGUGUGUGGUGGUGGUGGUGUGCAGGAUGUGACGCUGCACGACCUGGACGCCGCCAACGCCAAGCCGCAGGGGGGCGGCGACAUCACGUCGGUGCUGGGUCAGUUUCUGAAGCCCCGCAAGACGGAGAUCACCGAGAAACUCAGGAUGGAGAUCAACAAAGUCGUCAACCGAUACAUCGACCAGGGUAAGUCACACACACACCCCGACCCACCCACCUCUCUCUCCCUCUCUCUCUCUCUGUGUGUGUGUGUGUGUGUGUGUGUGUGUCGACUGACAAGGUGUGGCUGAGUUGGUGCCUGGCGUCUUGUUCAUCGACGAGGUGCACAUGUUGGACAUCGAGUGCUUCACGUACCUCAACAGGGCCCUCGAGUCGUCCCUCUCGCCCAUCGUCAUAUUCGCCACCAACCGGGGCAUCUGUACCAUCAGGUACCUCACACACACACACAGAUAAAUCCACCCAAUCUCUGUGUGUCUGCCUGUCUGCCUCUCUCUCUCUCUCUGUGUGUGUGUGUGUGUGUGUGUGUGUGCAGGGGGACCGACAUAGUGUCGCCUCACGGGAUCCCCGUCGACCUCCUCGACCGGCUGGUCAUCAUCCGCACCCUCCCCUACGCCAUCCAGGAGAUCGUCCAGGUCAGUCAGCACCGCACACACGCUUGGUGGACGAGUGCGUGUGUGGGCACCAUUGGGCUCUCUCUCUCUCUCUCUGUGUGUGUGUGUGUGUGUGUGUGUGUGCAGGGGGACCGACAUAGUGUCGCCUCACGGGAUCCCCGUCGACCUCCUCGACCGGCUGGUCAUCAUCCGCACCCUCCCCUACGCCAUCCAGGAGAUCGUCCAGGUCAGUCAGCACCGCACACACGCUUGGUGGACGAGUGCGUGUGUGGGCACCAUUGGGCUCUCUCUCUCUCUCUCUGUGUGUGUGUGUGUGUGUGUGUAUGUGUGUGUGUGUGUGUAGGUAUUGGCCAUUCGGGCUGAGACCGAGGGCCUGAAGGUGGAGGAGGACGCCAUGACACACCUGGGCGAAAUCGGCAGCAACACAUCACUCAGGUGAGUUAGUGAGUGCGACACCACCACCCCCACAAGACGACGACAAUAAGUGCCGCAGCAGGCACAGCCAUCCAUCUGUCUCUCUCUCUGUUUGUGUGUGCUAAGGUACGUUGUCCAGCUGCUGACGCCGGCCUCCAUUUUGGCGUCGACCAGCGGGCGGGAGGCCAUCACGCGGGCCGACAUAGAGGAGAUCGACACGCUGUUUUUCGAUGCCAAGGCCAGCGCACGGCUGCUUAUCCAGCAGGCAGACAAGUACAUCUCCUAGGUAGUAGCCUCCAGUAGCCCAGCGACACAGACAAGUGUGUAAAGGACGGGAGUAGGGUAGCGCGUUAGGCUCUGUGGACGCAACGGGUGUGAGGAGAGAGGGGACUUCAAUUC